AGGAGUUAACCAUUGAGGCCUCAUUCAAAAGGACCAAUCACUGGCCUAAGAGUUGGUCAGGAUUGUAUUUAUAAUCUGGGUUUGUCACAGAAUCUUCACAUGAGGAGUUUUGUAAGCCGGCAGCAGAUCAUAUUUCUACAAGAUGCGAAAGGUCAAGUCAGUUAUUCAUGUUCAUUCAACACAACAAGAAGAAAGAUCUAUCAGGACAAUGCCACUGCAACAGAAAGCAGCAUGCACCGUCUGGAUUGUUGGUGACAGCUAUGUCCAGCGAGGUUUCAAGCAUGCCAGGGAGACAUUGGGGACCAACCUCGGAUUGUCUGCCCGCAUCCAGUGGAUUGGCAGGGGAGGCAUGUGUUGGGAUGGCAUGCUUCCCAUCUUCCGUCAGUUCCUCAGAGGAAGAGAGGCUCCAGAUGUGCUUGUGAUUCACUGUGGGGGCAAUGACCUUGGAUGUGUGAAAAGCGUGCUGCUUCUCAAAGCAAUGAAGAGGGACCUGGACGAACUCCACCGUCAGUUUCCCCAAAUGAACAUUAUGCUGUCUUCAAUCAACCAGAGGCUCCACUGGAGACAUUCAUCCGCAGUGAAAAUUGAAAAAGUGCGGAGGUUUGUGAACAGGGCAAUGGCAUCUUAUGUCAGGACCAUAAGUCACCCACACAUUGUGUACAACAAGCCUGAGCUAUAUUUGCUGGACAAUGUACAUUUAAGUUCAAAGGGCAGUGAUAUUUUCUGGAAUGCCAUUGCCCAGGCUCUGAAAGACCUUUUGUUGUAAUGUUUUACUGUGGGUUUGACAAAGGCUUUCCUCCUUCUGUUUCUGCUUCACUGAUGACAAUCAAUAAAUGUUAAUGAAAACCAA